AUUGACGCGCCAGUAAGUCUUUCCCAAGGUAUAAGCUUUGUAACGAGUUAGCCCUGUGUCCCGGGCAUCAUUCCCCACUUGGCUUGUGCGAUUCAGUCAAGCCUAGCAUACAUUCGUUGGCCCAUACGGUGGAUUCCUAACUGCAGAAUGUCGGAGACAGUCAAGCCACCAACUUCGUUUUUCAUCGAGGACAUCCUCUCCAUUAAAGAGAAUACACGGCUAAACUUCAGGUGCUCUUCCUCACACAAGUCCAAGGAGGGAUGCGCGCAAUGGAAUAACCAACAGUGCGAGCAUGUAUCACAGUCAGAGGAACUUUGCGCACAGGAUACAGCAUUUGAAGCGCGGAAAGAUUUAUUUGACAGCUCUUGUUCUAGCACCCCAGAUGCCAUGAUAAGUUUUACAUCAGUCGGCAAACAGAAGCGCUCGCGCGCUGCCUUUACGCAUCUGCAAGUGUUAGAACUGGAGAAGAAAUUUAACCACCAGAAGUACCUGUCCGCUCCCGAAAGAGCCAAUCUUGCCAACACGUUGGGACUGACCGAGACCCAAGUUAAAAUCUGGUUUCAGAACAGAAGAUACAAAACCAAACGGAAGCAGCAAGCUACGGAGUACUGUAAGGACAUCUUUCAAAAGUCAGAAGAACUAAGUACAGAGGACAAUUUAGUCAGAUCGUCGCUUCUCUCCACGUUCUACAAAACAUAUAAAUACCAACCAUAUGUGUAUGACUUCAAUAGCACAUGGAGACCAAUACUGUGGUGAACAUUACAUAAUACUGGACAAUAUUCAGGUCAAUGUGGACACAAUGCCUUAUGAGGAGAGCAUGUUAAACAACUAAUUAUGUUACCUAGGUAUUUGAUCUAUUCAGCAUAGUAACUUGUCAUAUUUUUUCACAAUCUACUUUUAUAUGGCUAAAAUGUAGCCUACCAAUGUCAAACUGUCAGCUGUCAUUUUUCAUUCAUAGCCUAUAUGUCUGAGUAUGUUAUCACAGAAAAAAUGACAAUCACUUUGUUGCUUGCAUUUUCUUUUUUAUGUAUAUUUUUUUUCCCAAAGUUGCAAGAAAAUAAAGGGUAACUGAUUUGAAA